AGGUUGAUGUUGGGAAUGAGGCUGGGAGUUGAACAUCAGCCUUGUCGUUUCGCUUGGCUUGGCAGGUUCCGCUAUCUUUCGCUCCUACAAACAUUUCCAAAAUUAUUGCUGUAGAACUACUUAUGUGUUUCGCAUCUUGGAUUCAUCAUACUGCCAUGAUAUUCUCCAUGGAAUAGUUUGGGUCAAUUCGUGCCUUCUGAAAACUUCUUAUUGUUGGCUCUUAUAAACAAUUGGUCAAAUAAAUUGCAACUAUCACUAGACCUGCUCAUGAGUACAACCUUACUCGAGUGACUCGAAAUAGGUUAGCUUGUGAUCGACAGCAGGGAUUUGCUUAUCCUGCCCAGCUGCCAGACUCCCCCCACUAACUAACUCAUCACUUCACAAACCUCUACCCUCAACUCCACAAUUCACCGGAUAGUUCAGUCUUACAUUCUGCGCUCCUCUUCUACACAAUGUAUGUAUAAUAGAACUGUCUGUACAAGCAGACAUACAUUUUGUAUCACAAUCCCUUACGUCAUCGUGCGUGCCAAUAUGCCAGAUUAAGCUCUGGAACAAACUCCAAGCACGUCUCACGAUUCUAGCCAGUGGAUAUUCCCCGGCCCUUACUUCACAAUGGCCUCGACACCUCGCACAUCCGUUGACAAGGAGCUCCCGGCGCCCGAGUCGACUCCGACCACUUCGAGUCCUCAUUCCCUCUCCAAAGCUGUGCAGGCCCGUCGAGCGGAGUACACUCGACCGCAGAAGAUUAGGAUCAAGAUUGGCACAUGGAACGUUGCUGCUUGUCCGGGGACAGAGAAGGAUUUGAGCGGCUGGUUUGUGGACGGCAAAGGCAUUGACAAGAGGUUAGCCGGGUUGAAGAUCGCAGAUGGGAUUACCAAGGAUAAGAGCCAGGACCAUGUAGAGUCCGUGGGCUCACAGGAGGACCGAUGGACGAAGAAGGACAGCUCAAUACCCAAGGAUGACUAUGGCACGAUCACGGGUGGAGAAGAAAUAGGAAUAUUUGUACUAGGCCUCCAGGAAGUGGUGGAUUUAAACAGUGCAAGAGAAUACAUUGGGAGGGUAUAUACGGACCCAGAGCCUACAUCGAAAUGGAGAAAAGCAAUGACAGAUGGACUCCCUCCUGGGUACGUACUGAUGGCCGAGCAGCAGCUCUCUGGUAUGCUACUCUUUGUUUUCGCGUCACCUACGAUAGCUCCAACGAUUAGUUCUGUCAGCACAGUCAGCGUUGGAACAGGCAUAAUGGGUUACCUGGGAAAUAAAGGAGCUGUAGCGACCAGGAUAGUGUUGGGGGAGACAACUCGAAUGGUAUUUGUCAAUUCGCAUCUAGCAUCGGGUUCAGACCCAGCACACCUAGAUCGCAGGUGCUGGGAUGUUACGCAGAUUUUACAGCGAACUCGUUUCGACCCCAUCAGCUGGUCGGGUGUUCUUGAUGAUAAGCACGAGGGAAUUGGAGACGAGGAUUUCGCAUUCUGGUUCGGAGAUCUGAAUUUCAGGCUGGACGGCCUUCCAGGUGAUGAUAUACGACGAUUGUUGAUGCUGCAUACGAAAGGCGAAUACGACAUUGGGCAGAAAUCACGAAAUAAGAUUGAUCUGGAACUAGGAGGGAACGGACCAAUUGUUAUAAAGAGUGUUGAGAGUGAUUCUGAGUCAGAUGAUGACGUGCCGAUACCGAAAACAAGCAUGUCUUCUACGACCGAUGACAGCUCUUCCAGUAGUCUCCCAGACCCAGAUGAUUUCGUACAGGAUCCAAGCCAAGAUCCAGCAUCGCUACAAGCAACAUUGGACUCACUUCUUCCCCACGAUCAGCUCAGGCAAGUCAGAAAGAAGAGGAAAGCUUUCCAUGAUGGCUGGCGGGAAGGGCCGAUCACAUUCUUGCCAACAUAUAAGUAUGACGUCGGGAGCAUGGGGAUGUUUGAUUCAAGUGAAAAGAGACGAGCCCCCAGUUGGUGUGAUAGAAUCCUUUAUAGGACUCGUAAAGACAAGCUCGAGUACGAUGGGAAAACACAGGAAGAAGAACUUGCCAGGAUCAAGGACAACGAAAUGAAAGCUCGAGGCAUAGAUCAUGCUGCAGAUGACGAGGAUGUACUGUUCGAUUACAACCCAGACGAGGAUGGCGCCGAAGAGCCUGCCAGUAAUGAUUAUGAUGAAUAUGACGAUGGUGAAGAUGGACAUGCAGAAACGGUGGUUACGAAAGAGGGAUAUCUGGACAGCAUACACCAGGAUGUGUACACCUCACAUCAAAGGGUCCUCUCUUCCGACCACAAGCCUCUCGAUGCGGUCUUUACUCUCGAAUAUGAUGCAGUGGUGCCCGAAUUAAAAGCCAAAGUUCAACAAGAAGUUGCCCGAGAACUGGACCGUGCGGAGAAUGAAGGACGCCCAGGAAUCACUAUUGUAGUGGAUCAUUCUGCAGAUGACCCCCCGAAUGUUGAUGGCAGCUCAGAUCAACGCCCAUCAGCAACAUCUGUUGAUGGCGUAGAUUUUGGAGAAGUAGCUUAUGAGCAACGGAAAGUACGAAAUGUAACCAUUGCCAAUACUGGGCAAGUCCCAGCCACGUUUUCAUUUGUGGACAGGCCUGGUGAACCUGGCGAAGAGGACCGAAUUGCCCCAUUAUGGCUCACGGUCUCUGUUGAAGACUCAACGGACAAAGAGGCAAAUCCGCCAAAAACCAAGAAGGGGGAGGUGACUCUCCAGCCUGGGGAUACUGUCAAUGCUGCGCUAGAGUUCUUCGUUGAUGACAACGCACUCGUCAAGAGUCUUAAUAAAGGACUCCAGCUGGACGAUGUCCUUGUCUUACGAGUCACGGAUGGCCGAGAUCAUUUCAUUCCUAUCCGUGGUAUCUGGUUGCAGUCCUGCUUCGCAAGAUCGGUCGAUGAACUGAUACGGAUUCCCGAAGGAGGUGUGCGUGCUCUUCGCCCACCUCGGAAAGGCGGAGCACCCAUCAACCGAGGCCAGGAAGUUUGCUGGAGUGCUCCUCGCGAGCUUUUCAAACUUACUGAAGCUAUUGAGGCCCUCACGGAACGAGUCAUCGCAGACGCAAAUAUGCUCGAUGAUGCGCAACCACCUGCAGAGUUUCCCGGCUGGCCUUUCGACAGCAAAUCUUGGACUUUGAAGGACAGAGCAUCAAGAGAGACAUGUAGAGGACCCGUGCUGAAUGCUCUAGAUUCAGAUUCCAACCUUCUCGAAUCCUUCUCCCCCGAAACACCCGCGUUCCAAAAACUCGAAAUCAUGGCCGAAAUCCUCCUCAUGUUCCUCACCAGCCUAACAGACGGCAUCGUCCCCGAACCUCUCUGGACCCAACUCGACCAAGCCAUCACAGCCCGCGGCCCCAAACAGCUCACCGACACCGAAGAGAUCAAAUCCUGGGUCCUCGACGUCCUGUCCGUCUCCCCCAACCACAACAUCUCCUUCGUCUUCCUAACAAGCAUGCUCUGUCGCGUCGCGGGCGAACUGGCUCCCGUGCCGAAACACAGCUGGAAGGAGACCGUGGCCGGAACGGCGAGGAGUAGUAUGGAUACGGUGCGUAGAUCUCUGUCCUGGAAGGGGAAAUCGCCGAUUGCGCCUCCUGACCCGUUGGUGUUGCGUCGACAGGCUGUGGAGUGGGCGUAUGCGGAGGCGUUUAAAGAUGUUAUUUUUAGAGGACAGGUUGGGUUGAAGGAGAAGGAGAGGAGGGUUGGGGAGGAGAGGAAGAGGGAUAUAUUGGAGGAGUUCUUGAAGGGUGGGAGGGGGACGUAAUGGAUG